AUGGCGCCAGAGGGACUCUCGAAAAAGCGCGUGGCGCGCAAGCUGACGAAGAAGAGAAAGGAGGGCCGCCAGGUCACAGUGGAGAUCCCAGAGCGCUUCCGGGACGGCGACGAUGCCGACGAGGACUGCACCGCGCUGCACGGCCGGAACGCCUACAUGAAUCAGUCUGUAUUUGGUAUGAUAGCUGCGGCGGGCUCCCAGGUCGAUUUCAAUGCUAGAUUCGACGGGGGUUCGAGCGACGACGACGAUGAACCUGCGGGGGGGCCUGAAGAGUUGAGAGUGGAUAGUAAGACGAGGAGGGGGAAGCUACCUGCGAAAGGAGAGGAGAACCAUCGGACGAGGUUCUCGGAGAACAAGCUUUUGAGGAGCCUGUCCGGGCUGGGGUCGAGGUCGAAGUCGAGGGAGCCGAAUAAUGGUGCUGGGUCUGGAUUACCCUCUAUAGAUCCUUCUUCUGAAGCUAUUACGCUCAAGUCACCGAGUAAGCAUGGGCACCCCAGGGAUACGAUGGUUAUGAGCCGGAUGUUGGAGGCUAAGGCAGAGCUGUCUCUGCGGCCGAGUUUUGAUCUUCCUAGACCGAAACCAGGCCACUUGAGGGAAGGGGCGGUUGCAGAAGAGCCGGCCUCGAGUACUUUGGCGAAACAGCUGAUGGAUAUCUUCGAGUUCGAUGCUGCGGAAGAUGUUAUUGAAGGUACGAGACUGAACGGGAGCAAGAGCUUCCCAAUUUCUGAAGGGACUCCAGGACACAAAAAGCUGACUUGUGUAGAAUAUCAGUGCUGGUUAUUAAAGAGUGUCCUACUUCAAGGCUACAUGUACAUUACAACUAAGCACAUAUGCUUUUACGCAUAUCUGCCUAAGAAAUCUAAUGAAGUAGUCAAGUCGGGAUACCUCUCGAAAUCUGGUAAACGGAAUCCAAAAUACAACCGGUACUGGUUCAGACUGAAGGAUGAUGUUCUCUCCUAUUACUCAGAUCCGUCCGACUUGUACUUUCCAUGCGGUAAUAUCGACUUGCGUUAUGGAAUCUCAGCGACAGUGGCGGACAAGGAGAAAGGGAAGGACGCUACACACUUCACGGUCGUAACACAUCAGAGGAAUUUCAACUUCAAAGCCGACAGCAUACCGAGUGCCAAGGAAUGGGUCAAGUCGCUGCAGAAAAUCAUCUUCCGUUCGCACAAUGAGGGAGACAGUGUGAAGAUUUCACUACCUAUCGAGAACAUCAUCGAUAUUGAGGACAGUCAGAUCAUAGACUUUGCGGAUACUUGCAAGAUUCGGGUUAUUGAUAAUGACGAGACCUACGCAAUCGAUGAAUACUUCUUCUCGUUCUUUAGUUUCGGGAAGGAAGCCUUGAAUGUACUUCAGAAAUUGGUUGAAGACACUACCGCUCAGCAAAUACCGGAAGACGUCUUAGUUUCACCAACCCAAAUAGAUAGCACGCGGAGCUCUAGAUCACGUAGCAUUGGCUAUACAAGACGGAAUUCAUUGCAGGGACCGAAAGAGAAAAGACCAAUACAACCACCACCUCCCACUCAGACUGCAACACCACUAUUGGAAGAAAGUGUCAAGGCUACUCUCUCACCUUUAGGUGCAGUCAGUCCCCGUGCUAGUACUGAGAUCAGCCGAGCAAGUUCGGAUCCAUUCCGGAGGAGCAUGGACCUCAAGAACUUCAAUAGACGGAGUGUCGACCUGGGUAGAAUCAACAUGGAUGGGGCUAUCCGUAGCGUUAGCGCGAACAGGCGGAGCUCAAGCAGGCCCGGUCUUGAUGAAAGACGCCACACAGAGAAACCAGGCUCGUCUGAUUCCUUUGUUCACUCACUAGAAGAACCAGGAUCGCCUGCAGCGGUACUCUCAACGAGUGACGAUACGCAAGCGUCUGCCAGUCAGAUACUGAGAGGAUCGGACGUCUUUCUAUCGCCAACUAUCCGGCGCUCAGCGUCAGCGACUUGCCGAAGAGACCCCGAUUCUAAUAACGACGAUUCGCGGUCUGACUCACCGUCUCGUGUUACAGCCAACACAGCGAUGGAAGCCCCGAACCCGCGUCACACUGCCAUGACAGGCUCAAUGGCAGCAUCAAAUGCUGAUCAAGUUGAGCCAUCCUCCUCAGCGCCAACACUGCAAACUCUUGUAAAAGCUGGAGCCUACCCAUUGCAACGCGCAGCUGGCUUUGCAGGAUAUCUCAAUCGGCAUUCCAAGCGUAUGAGCACUUUGUUGGCGACCGAGUCUAUGGGAUACGUUGAGAAAGUCUCAGGCAUGUGGAAAGGUGGGAAGAAACAUUACGACGAGCCGCAAGGUCUUGCUCCGGAAGACAACAUGUACGAUGAUGAUGAAGAUCACACCGCGUCGUAUGGGGAUCGAUUCCGAGACCACUUUGCUCUUCCUGCGACUGAAAAGCUUCAAGCAUCGUAUUUUGGAUAUCUUCACAGAGUCUUACCUCUCUAUGGCAAGAUCUACAUCAGCGAUAGGUCGUUCUGCUUUCGGAGUCUUCUGCCUGGUACACGGACGAAGCUUAUUCUACCAUUGAAGGAUGUCGAGAAUGUUGACAAGGAGAAAGGAUUCCGAUUUGGGUACUCUGGGCUGGUGGUGGUUAUCCGAGGACACGAAGAGCUGUUCUUCGAAUUCUCUCAAGCCGAUACUCGGGAUGACUGCGCCAUUACGUUGCUCCAGAAUCUGGAGUCUACGCGAUACCUCAAGGAAUCUGGGCUGUUGACGAUGGAGGAGAAGGAGAGCGCUCAAACUGCCAGUGAUGAGCAUAAGUCUCUCCAACAAGCUCGGAUGGAAGGCUUUGCCGAUCAUGACGUGAAGAUGCCGAAGACGGCUGAGGAGGCUAGAACCGAUGGAUCACCAAUAUUGUUCGACGACCCUAGAGCGUCCAUUCUGAACUUCAAGCCCACAGAGUCUCUGCGGGUCACCUGCCUGACUAUUGGUUCCCGUGGAGAUGUUCAGCCGUACAUUGCCCUCUGCAAGGGACUGAUGGCGGAAGGUCACACAACUCGAAUAGCCACUCACCGUGAGUUCAAAGAUUGGAUCGAGAGUCACGGAAUCGCUUUCGCACCUGUAGAAGGAGAUCCAGCGGAGCUCAUGCGCAUUUGUGUUGAGAACGGGAUGUUCACCUAUUCUUUCCUACGGGAAGCAUCUUCCAAGUUUCGAGGGUGGAUCGAUGAGCUACUCUCUUCAGCUUGGGCUGGCUGCCAGGACAGUGAUCUCUUGAUUGAAAGCCCGAGUGCUAUGGGAGGGAUACACAUUGCCGAGGCACUGGGUAUUCCAUACUUCCGAGCAUUUUCCAUGCCAUGGACUCGGACUCGCGCGUACCCACACGCAUUCGCAGUACCCGAUCAUAAGAUGGGCGGCGCCUACAACUACAUCACAUAUGUUAUGUUCGACAACGUCUUCUGGAAAGCCAUCGCUGGUCAAGUCAACCGCUGGAGACGGAAAGAACUCGGUCUUCAAGCCACGAGUCUCGAAAAGAUGCAACCCAACAAAGUCCCGUUCCUGUACAACUUCAGUCCAUCAGUGGUCGUGCCGCCGCUUGACUACAGCGACUGGAUCCGCGUAACAGGCUACUGGUUUCUAGACGAAGGCACAGGCUGGACACCGCCGAAGGAGCUGACGGACUUUAUCAAGAAAGCUCGGCAUGACGGCAAGAAAAUCGUGUACGUCGGCUUCGGCUCGAUCGUUGUCCAGGAUUCCGCGGCAAUGACCAACACCAUCGUACAAUCAGUCCUCAAAGCGGAUGUUCGCUGUAUUCUCUCCAAAGGCUGGUCUGACCGCCUAGACAAAAAGGCUGCCAGUGCCGUCGAAGAACCUUUACCGGCUGAGAUCCACCUUAUCAAGUCUGCACCCCAUGACUGGCUCUUCAAACAAAUUGACGCUGCGGCCCAUCAUGGGGGCUCUGGAACUACAGGCGCUAGUCUUCGGGCGGGUGUGCCAACUAUCAUCAAGCCGUUUUUUGGGGACCAGUACUUUUAUGGAUCGCGCGUGCAGGAUCUGGGCGUAGGCAUCUAUCUCAAGAAGUUGAAUGUUAGCACAUUCUCGCGAGCGAUUUGGGAGGCGUGUAACAGUCAGCGGAUGAUUGUCAAGGCGAAGGUCCUGGGGGAGACAAUCAGAAGUGAACACGGCGUCGACGCAGCUAUCCAGUCCAUCUACCGCGACCUGGAAUACGCCAAGUCGCUCAUUAAACGCCGCGACGGCAAGUCCAGCGACGAGUCUGUAGAAGACCCCGAGGAGAGCUGGACCUUCAUCGGCGACGAGAAGGAUCCUGCGCUCGUUAAGCGCAUUCAUGACUGGGAUAGUCUCGCACAGAGCGGGUGGCUGGCGGGGAACCUUGGUACGGGGAAAAGUGGAACGACGACGGGGAGCGAGGGGAGCGGCGCGUUUGACAAUUUUGAGAAGGACGAUGUUGCCGCUUGA